AUGGGCCCCUGUACCGCCUCCUCAUGCUGCUGCCAGGCCCGUAAUCUGCCAUGGGCCCCCGUACCAACUCCUCAUGCUGCUGCCAGGCCCGUAAUCUGUCAUGGGCCCCUGUACCGCCUCCUCAUGCUGCUGCCAGGUCCAGAGUCUCUCAUGGGUCCCUGUACGGCCUCCCAUUGCUGCUGUCUCCAUCGCCACACUCUGCCAUGUGCCACUUUCAGGUCUCCUCACACUGCUGGUGGGUUCCAUUUUUGUCAUAGGGUGCUGUAUGGCCUCCCAUUGCUGCUGCCUCCACCGCCACACUGUGGCUCCACACUCUGGUUUUGGCCCCGUGACUGCCCAAAUGAGUGAAGUGUGCGGUGAUUCUAAGAUCGACGGCACUCAUCUGCAUGUCAUACUGACUGACAGUAUUAUUUCUCUUCCCCAGCAGACUCCAAGGGCAUUUAAAUUAAAGGUACAGUGUUCUGCACUAAUAUAA